UAUAUAUAGUAUGCAGUUUUGAAAGUUGAAGGCAUCUCAAAGCAAAAAUAAUUCAGUCAUCAUCUCACAUAUAUUAACUGUGAGAUUUAGCUUUUGACUGUGCAUCAACAAUGGCAACUGAAGCUAAUAUUCAGGAAUCUGUACUCUUAAAGAAAGGUGAAAGGGAAGAGAAUGCAUUGACAAGUGAAAGUUUCGAAGAAAAAGCAACCGAACUUCCUGGAAACCAAGUGAAGCAACUUGAAACUAGCAGCCUAGUGGCAACAACUGUAUAUACACCACUAGAAACCGGUACCGGUAAACCAACCGACGAGAGUGGAAUUUUUUUCCAAGCACUCUCAGUUACCAUGGUCAUUGCUGAUGAACACAGCAACACACCAGAAAGUUACAAGGCUGCAAAACCGACAGAACCUGAAGAAGAAACCAUAAAGAUUGGAGAAAAGGCUAUUCAGAGUGAAGUAUGUGGAAACAGUGUCCCCGAGAAGUCCGAAACCGAUAGCGUCGAGCAGGGUAAGAAAGAAGCUUUCAACGUGUCGGAGAAGAACCAAGGUGAUGGUUAUGGUGUUACAAGCUCACAAGAUGCUGUGUGUGAGGAUAUAAAAGAAACAACAGAAGAACAUGCGGCCGUAGUGGCUGAUUUCAAGGAGCAGGAUCUGAAUGAAACGCCUAGAGAGUUUGUCAAGGAAGAAACAGAUGACAAAUCAGUUGAUGCACAAGAGGCAAGUGAACUGAGUGAAAUUGGAUCAAAGGACACAGAAGAACAAAAGUACGAGGAAAGUGUCAAGAAAAUUGAGCAAGAUGAAGAGAUUGAAGACACCAAGCCGGAUGUAGAAAUUGCAAAAACGGAGCAAAAUGGGUUAUUACAAGCAAUCACCCCCGAUGCUUGCGCCUCAACACAAACAAUACCUCAAGUAGAGACGACAGAACAUGAAGAAAAGGAGCAAGUUGUCAACAUAUUAGAAAAAGAUCAAGAUAAGGAUGACGUUACACGCGCACAGGAGGUGACGGUUGAAGGAGGCUUACAAGAAAAGACCCACCACAAUGACGAUAAUGAACGUGAAGUUGUUGAAGCUAAAGAAAGUGUAGAGGAAGAUGCUGCUGAUGUUUGUGUCUCAACACUUGUCAAAGAAAGUACAAAAAAUGAAGAACCAGAUGAUGAAAAGGCUAUUGAGAAGGAAGUGUGUGAAGAGAAUGUCCCAAAGAAGGCUGAACUUGAAGGAGAAGUAGAAAUUUCCGACAGUGUGGCGCCAAUUCAGAACCAAACUCUCAGCACAAUAGAGAAAGACCAAGGUGGUACUGAUGGUGUUACAAGCUUACAGGAACCACCCUGUGUGGAUGUAGAAGAAACAACCACUGUUCAACAUGUAACCACAACGAUUGAUUUCAAAGAGCAAGAUCUGAAUGAAAAGCCCAGAGAGUUCGUUAAGGAAGAAACUGAGGACAAAUCACUUGAUGCUCAAGAGGCAAAUGAGGAGUGCGAAAAGGAAGCGAAGGAAGAAAUAGACCAAAAUUCUGAGGAGAGUGUCAAGAAAAUUGAGAAAGAGGAAGAAACCGAAGAAAUCAAGCCAGCAAUAACCACUGAUGAUUGCAUUAUGACAGAAACAAAGUCUCAAGUAGAGAAAACAGAACAUGAAGAAGAGAAUACUCAGAAGGAUGAAGGUCUUAAAGAAAAGUCCGACAGCCCCUCGAUUGAGGAAGUAUGUGAAGAAACGAGUCUAGAGAAGGACGAAUAUGUAAAGGAGGUAAAAGAUUCAGCAACAGAAACUGUAACAAAAGAUGAAAAUGAAGAUGUAGAAAAGGAACAAGAGGUCAACGUGUUAGAAACACAUGAAGGUAAGGUUGACGUUACAAGUGCACAAGACGUGACGAUUGAAAAAGACUUGCAAGAGAAGGACCACCACAAUGAAGAUGAGGAAUGUGAAGUUGUCACGACUGAAGAAAGUACAGAGAAAGAUACUGAAGUUAUCAGAUCUAGUGAGACGACGGAGCAACAAAUGUUGACAAAUGCCGUUCCUUCUGAUGUUUGCAUCUCAACACAAACAGAACCCCAAGAAGAAGCUACAGAAAAGAAUGAUGUAGAGGUUCUGAAUGAGAAUGAAACACUGAGAAAAGAUGAAGAUCAAGAGAAGGAACAAGAGAUCUGUGUAACAGAAAAAGUCCAAAGUGGCGGUGAUGAUGUCACAAGCUCGGAAAAUGCAUCCAAUGAGCAAGAGCAGCAUGCCGAAGAAAUCAAACCAAGCGUUGAAACAACUGAAGAAAAGGAUGUUUGUAUCCCAACACAAAUCGAAUCUCAAGAAAAGCCUACAAAGAACGAGGAAAGUGCUAUUCAAAAUGACGGUGAUCAAAAGGAGAAGUCAGAUGACCCCUCUAUCAAUGAAGUUUGUGAAGAGAAUGACUUAAAGAAGACUGAAUCCGAAGAAGAGAUAAAACCUUCUGACAGUUCCGUUGUCACAACUAGAGAAAGUGUAAUUGAGACUACCGAAGAAACCAAAUCUAGCGAUGAAACAAAAGAAAAUAUUGAGCAACAAGGGGUGUUGAACGUCAUUCCCACAGAUAAUGAUGACGGUCAAACAGACAAGCAUGAAAGCCCUUUGGUUGAGGUAGUAUGUGAAGAAACAAGCUCAAAAACAGCAGAACCGGAAGAUGUUAAACAUUCUGACGGUUCCAGUACGACACUAAAUGAGAAAGAAACACCGGACAAAGAAGAAAGCUUGGAAAAGGAAGACGACAUCAAAACAUCAGAAGUCCAUGGUGGUGGGGAUGAUGUUACAAGCUUACAAAAUGUAUCCAAUGAUGAUAUUAAAGAAACAUUAACUGACCAACACGAUACCAAUGCGGCAUAUGUCGAGGAGGGGCAGGGUGUCAUUGCAAAGCCUAAAGAGAUCCUCAUUGAAGAAGCAGAGGACAGAUCAAUUGACGCUGAAGAGCUUGGACAGCCUAAUGAACAAAAUGUUGAGGAGACCCUCCCAACCAUAAGUGAAAAUCCAGAAGAUGAGAUCAAGAAAGAGGACAAAGAUUUAUCUCAUGAAAGUGUGGAGGAUACAAAUGAUCAUACUACUAAAGAAGAAAAGUGCACAUUAGAGCAAGAACAUGUUAAAGAGCAUACAGAUCAAGAUAAAGUAUCAACAGAAAAGGUCACCGAUUUAAAUGAAACGAAAGAAGUAGAGCCUAAAGAAGAGAUCAUACCCUCCACUGCAUUAUCAGCCUCAACAGAAGCCACUUCAAAUUCUGAGAAAGAAAAGGCAGAAGGUGAAAAAUUGCCAACAGAAGAUCUUGAAAUUGUCUCUGAAGAACAAAUCCCUGAGUUGGUGCCCAAAUCAGAGGAGCCAGUGUUGAAAGAAACAACGGAAACACACGUAGAUGAAGAAAAGGGAACCGUAACGAAGGAAAUUUCAAGUGCUGAGAAAACAGAAGUCCAAAGUGGUGGGGAUGCUGUUACAAGCUCACAGAAUGCAUCCGAUGAGGAAAUACAAGAAACAAUGAUUGGUCAACAUGACACCACUGUUACAUUUGUCGAAGAGGGGCAGGGUGUGAGUGCAACACCUAAAGAGAUACUCAUAGAAGAAGCAGAGGACAAAUCAAUUGUUCCUGAAGAGAUACCAUUGGAGCUUGCACAACCUAGUGAACAAAAUGUUGAGGAGGCCCACUCACACCUCAGUAAAAGCGUAACUGAAAAUCCUGAAGACGAGAUCAAGAAAGAGGACAAAGAAUUAUCGCAUGAAACUGUUAAGGAUACAAAUGAUGAUACUACUAAAGAAGAAAAAUGCACAGUGGAGCAAGAACCCGUUGAAGUGCAUAGUGGUCAAGAUGAAGUAUCAAAAGAAAAGGUCACCGAUUUAAAUGAAACAUCAGAAGUAGAGCCUAAAGAAGAAAUCACACCCUCCACUUCAUUAGAAACUUCAACAGAAGACACUCCAAAUACAGAGAAGGAAAAGGCAGAAAGUGAAAAUUUGCCGAUAGAAGAUCUUAAGACUGUCUCUGAAGUACAAAUCCCUGAAUCGGUGCCCGAAUUAGAAGAGCCAACGCUGAAAGAAAAAUGCAUUAUCACAGAAACUGAAACACAGUUAGAUGAAGAAAAAGGGACUGUAACAGAAGAAAUUUCAAGUGAUGAGAAAACACAACAGACAACAGAAAUCAAGCAAGAGACUGUCAAGGAGGUAUGUGAAGAGGCUAGCUCAGAAAAAGCUGAACUUGAAGAAGAAAUAAAACAUUCUGAUAGUUCCGGUAUGAAGAUAAACGAGAAAGAAAUAACUUUCAUAGACAAUGAAGAAAAGGAGGUCAAGAUAUCUACGGAAAGCCGAAGUGAGGACAACCUUACAAGCUCACAGAUUGAAGUGUCUGAAGAAAAAGAAGACUUGAAAGAAAAGAAUAUCCACAAUGAAGGCGACUUCAUUAAAAGUGGAGAAGAUGUAGGUGAAGAUAUUGAAGAAAAUACAGAGCAUGUCACUGCCACAAAUGUUUGCGGCUCAACACAAAUAGAAACCCGUGAAGAAACAAUAGAAAAUGAAGAAAAGAAUGGUGAAAAGGCUAUAGAACACGAAGAGUAUGAAGCAGUGAGCAGAGAGGAAAAUCUCGAAAAGAAACAAGAGGAUGUAGAAGAAACAAAGAUGGGCGAAAAUGCUACCACAAAUGAAGAAAAGGAUGUUUGUAUCUCAACACAAAAUGAAUCUCAAGAAGAGCCUACAAAGAAUGAAGAAAAUGCUAUUGAACCUGAUGGUGAUCAAAAGGAAAAGUCGGAUAAUGCCGUUGUCAAAGAAGUAUGUGAAGAGAAUGAAUCUGAAGGGAGACAGAUUUCUGACAGUUUUGAAGUCAAAACAAGAGAGAGUGUAUAUGAGGAUACUGAAGAAACAAAGAUGGGCGAACAUGCUACCACAAACGAAGAAAAGGAUGUUUGUAUCUCAACACAAAAUGAAUCUCAAGAAGAGCCUACAAAGAAUGAAGAAAAUGCUAUUGAACAUGAUGGUGAUCAAAAGGAAAAGUCGGAUGAUGCCGUUGUCAAAGAAGUAUGUGAAGAGAAUGAAUCUGAAGGGAGACAGAUUUCCGACAGUUUUGAAGUCAAAACAAGAGAGAGUGUAUAUGAGGAUACUGAAGAAACAAAAUCUAGUGAUGAAACAAAAGAAGAUAUUCAGCAACAAGGGGUGUUGAAUGUCAUUACCUCUGAUGUUAGCAGCUCAACACAAACAGAAACUAUUGAAAAAAGUACAGCAAGUGAAGAAAACAAUGAUAUAGAGACCACAGAGAAGCCUGAAAGCCCUUUGGUUGAGGUAGCAUGUGAGACAACAAAGUCAGAAAUUGUUGAAUCUGAAGAAGGGGUAAAACAAACUGACAUUUUAAGUACGACACUGAAUGAGAAUGAAACACUGAGCAAAGAAGAAAAACAGGAAAAGGAAGACGAGAUCAAAACAUCAGAAGAAGUCAAAGGUGGUGGUGUUGAGCUUAUUAGCUCACAGAAUGCAUCCGGUGAGGACGUAAAAGAAACAACAAUUGAUCAGCAUAAUACCACUGUGGCACAUGUUGAGGAGGGGCAAAGUGUGAGUGCAUUGCCUAAAGGGAUCCUCGUAGAAGAAACAGAGGACAAGGACAAAUCAAUUGAUGCUGAAGAGGUAUCAUUGGAGCUUGAACAACCUAAUGAACAAAAUGCUGAGGAGACCGUCCCAUGUCUGACUAAAAGCAUAAGUGAUAAUCAAGAAGAUGAGAUCAAGAAAGAGGAUACACAUGAUAAUGCUGCUGACGAAGAUAAAGGCACAUUAGAGCAUGAACCCGUAGAAGAGCAUAGUUCCCAAGAUGAAGUAUCCAAAGAAAAGGUCACCGGUUUAAAUGAAACAAAAGAAGUAGAGCCUCAAGAAGAUACACCCUCCAUUUCCAUAAAAACUUCAACGGAUGACACUUCAAAAACUAUCUCUGAAGUACAAAUCCCUGAAUUGGUAACCAAUACAGAAGAGUCGGUGCUGAAAGACGAGUGCUUUAUUUCAGAAACGGAAACACACUUAGAUGAAGAAAAGAGUACUAUAACAGAAGAAAUUUCAAGUGAUGAGAAAACAGAACUGACAACAGAAAUCAAGCAAGAGUCUGUCAAGGAGGUAUGUGAAGAGACGAGCUCAGAAAAGACUGAACUUCAAGAAGGAUUGAAACUUUCGGACGAUUCCAAUGUGAAGAUAAACGAGAAGGAGAUAACAACUUUCAAAGAAGAUGAACAAGAAAAGGAUCAAGAGGUCAACACGUCAGCAGAAAGCCAAGGUGGGAACAACAUUACAAGCUCACAGAAUGAAGAAUCUGAAGAAAAAGAAGAGCUGAAAGAAAAGAACUACCACAAUGAAGGUAACGAAGGCGACUUUACUGAAAGCGGAGAAAGGGUAGAGGAAGAUACUAGAGAAAUCAAAUCUAGUGUUGAAACAAAAGAUACAGAAACAAACGAUGCCGAGCAUGUCAUUUCCACCAGCAGCUCAACACAUAUAGAAGAUGAUGAAGAAGCUAUUGAAAAGGACGAGAAGAAGGAUGAAACGGCUAUUGAGAAUGAUAAGAAUGAAACGGUGAGCACAGAAGAAAAUCUCGAAAAGAAACAAGAGGAUAUUAAAGAAACAAAUACGGGUGAACAUGCUACCACAAUGGCCUAUUUUGAGGAGGAGCAAAGUCUAAGCACAAUCACAAAAGAGGCCAUCGGCAAAGCAGAAGAAGGGGAUAAAUCGGUUAUUUUUCAAGAGAAAACUGAGCAGUGUGACGAAGAAAACGUUGAAAGAGAACAAAAGGCGGAGGAAUAUAAUGAUGAGAUCAAACCAAGUGUUGAAACAACCGAAGAAAAAGAUGUUUGUAUCUCAACACAAACUGAAUCUCAUGUAGAGCCUACAAAGAAAGAAGAAAAUGCUAUUGAACCUGAUGGUGAACGAAAGGAAAAUCCGGAUAACCCCUUUGUCAAGGAAGUUUGUGAAGAGAGUGAUUUAACAAAGACUGAAUCUGAAGAGAGACAACCUUCUGACAGUUUUGAUGUCAAAACUACAGAAGAAGAUACUGAAGAAACCAAAUCUAGUGAUGAAACAAAAGAAAAUAAAGAGCAACAAGGAGUGUUGGAUGUCAUUGCCACUGAUGUUUCCGGCUCGACACAAACAGAACAUGUGGAAAAAACUACUGCAAGUCAUGAAGAAAAUGAUGACGAAGAGACCAUAGAGCAAGAUAAAGGUCAAACAGAGAAGCCUGAAAUCCCUUUGGUUGAGGUAGCAUGUGAGACAACAAAGUCAGAAAUUGUUGAAUCUGAAGAAGAGGUAAAACAAUCCAACAGUUUCAGUACAACACUGAAUGAGAACGAAAUACUGAGCAAAGAAGAAAAACUGGAAAAGGAAGACGAGAUCAAAACAUCCGAAAUCGAAGUUGGUGAGGUUGAGGUUACAAGCUCACAGAAUGCAUCUAAUGAUGACGUAAAAGAAACAACGCUUGAUCAAGAUAUUACCGCAGUGGCACAUGUCGAGGAGGGGUCAGGUGUGAGUGCAUUGCCAAAAGAGAUCCUCAUAGAAGAAGCAGAGGACAAAUCAGUUGAUGCUGAAGAGAUAUCAUUGGAGCUUGGACAACCUAAUGAACAAAACGUUGAGGAGACCCUCCCAUGUCCGACUAAAAGCAUAAACGAUAAUCUAGAAGAUGAGAUCAAGAAAGAAGACCGAGAUUUAUCUCAUGAAAGCGUGGAGGAUACAAAUGAUGAUACUAAAGAAGAAAGACGCACAUUAGAGCAUGAACACCUAGAAGAGCAUAGUGGUCAAGAUGAGGUAUCCAAAGAAAAGGUCACUGAUUUACAUGAAACAACAGAAGCAGAGCUUAAAGAAGAUAUCACACCCUCCAUUUCAUUAGAAACUUCAACAGAAGACGCUUCGAAUUUAGAAAACGAAAAGGCAGAAGUUGAAAGUUUUCCAAUAGAAAAUCUUGAAACUGUCUCUGAAGUACAAAUCCCUGAAUUGGUGCCCGGAUCAGAAGAGACGGUGCUGAAAAACGAGUGCCUUACUUCAGAAACAGAAACACACUUAGAUGAAGAAAAGGAAAGUAUAACGGAAAACAAUUCAAGUGACGAGGUGUCAAAGGAGCUUGAACAAACUAAGGAACAAAAUGUUGAGGAGACCGAGGCAUGUGUAACUGAAACCAUAAGUGAAAAGACCGAAGACAAGAUCACAAAAGAUGAAGAUUCAUCGCAUGACCGUACAGACCAUAUAAACGAAAAUAUUACCAAAGAAGAGAAGUGCUUUCCAGAUGUAAUGACAAAGGAAAUCGAUAUCUCAACACUAAAGCACGAACCCGUUGAAGAGCAAAAUGACAGUCAAGAUGAAGUAUCAAAGGAAAUAUUAACUGUGUCAAAUGAAACAAUAGCAGUGGAACCAAAAGAAGAUAUCACGCCCUCCAGUUCACUAGGAACUUCAGCAGAAGAUACCUCCAAUUCGGAUAAGGCGAAAACAGUAAGUGAAAGCUUGCCACUAGAAGAUCUUGAAUCUGUCUCUGAAGUGCAUAUUCCAGAUGUAAUGCCCAAAUCAGAAGAUUUAAAGAUGGAAGAAGAGUGCCUUGUUUCAGAAACGGAAACGUAUGCGAAUGAAGAAAACAGGGUAGCAACAAAAGAGAUUUCAAGUUAUGAGAAUCUUGAAACACAUGGAUCAACACAGCAACCCGAGAACUCAUACAGUACCACUGAAAAUCAACUUAACAGCGCCGAAGACUGCAUUAAGACGGAAAAGGAUGUCAUCUUGACUAAAGAGAUUGAACAGGUGCCUUUGGAGAUAGAAAAAGAAAAGGAAGUAAGCGACUUCAAAGAACAGAUUGUUGAGGAAGAUACUUAUUCCCCAGAACUCGAGGAGAAAUCAGCACAAAAUCAAAAGGAAACGGUACAUGAGAUAUCUGUUGAAAAUCCUGAGGUGACAGAAGUGAAUGUAGAUGCCCAAAUAGGACAAAAAGAUUUACAGGGUAAAGAAGAUAUCAGUUGCGUGUCGAAAGUGACAACUGAUAUAACUGAUCAAGAACCAAAGGAAGAAAAAAGUCCCUCUCUAGAAGACGGUGCAACACUAGAGUCAGUUGACUUGUCAAACACAGACUCUACUGCUUAUCCUUCAGAAAGUGAGAAGUUAGCCACACGAGCUCUUGAAUCUGACUGUGAUGUACAAAUCCCCGAAGUAGUUGCUGAUUCAGAAGACUCAAAAGUGAAGGAAGAAUGCAUUGUCUUAGAACAGGACACCAAAACUAAUGAAAUUUCAAGUGCACUAGAUAAAGAAGAAGAAAAUGUCACGAAAGCACCCACCGAGAGUGACGAAGCAAAGAGUAGUGACUUGAUCAUAGAAGAAAAUGCCUCAACUAAAGAGGCAAGUGAGCAGUGUGAUGAUGUUGCAAAGGACAAAAUAGAACAGCCUGAGGAAGGUGUCAACAAACCUGUAAACUCUUGUUCCGAAACCACUGAAGGAAGUAUUAAAGAAGAAGAACCAUAUGCAGAGAACAAGGAAAUAGAAACCGAACUAGAAGCAGAAAACCAAGCUGACAGAACAGAAGAUAGAACUGAGAUGACAGACGAGACCGUCUUGACUGAAAAAGUGUCAAAGGAGCUUGAACAAACUAAGGAACAAAAUGUUGAGGAGACCGAGGCAUGUGUAACUGAAGACAAGAUCACAAAAGAUGAAGAUUCAUCCCCUGACAGUACAGAGCAUAUAAACGAAAAUAUUACCAAAGAAGAGAAGUGCUUUCCAGAUGUAAUGACAAAGGAAACUGAUAUCUCAACACUAAAGCAUGAACCCGUUGAAGAGCAAAAUGACAGUCAAGAUGAAGUACCAAAGGAAAUAUUAACUGUGUCAAAUGAAACAAUAGCAGUGGAACCAAAAGAAGAUAUCCCGCCCUCCAGUUCACUUGGAACUUCAGCACAAAAUCAAAAGGAAACGGUACAUGAGAUAUCUGUUGAAAACCCUGAGGUGACAGAAGUGAAUGUAGAUGCCCAAAUAGGACAAAAAGAUUUACAGGGUAAAGAAGAUAUCAGUUGCGUGUCGAAAGUUACAAAUGAUAUAACUGAUCAAGAAGAAAAUGCCUCAACUAAAGAGAAUCGCGAAAUACAUGGAGAACUCGAACCCACAUAUGAACCCGUGAUAGAAGAACAAGUUACUAUUGAAACAAAACCUCAACUAGAACAAUCAGACAUCACAUCUGAAAACAUAACAAACGAUCAGACUUCAGAAUCGAAGUUGGAGCAUACGAGCGCAAAAGAUACAGAAGAGGAUGAUAGACUUGCACCUGAAAUUGAGACUAAAGGCAUAGAAAAUCUGCAUGAGACAACAAAGAAUAUCAUCUUGACUGACGAGGAGGUUGCUGUGGAGACGGAAAAAGAAAAGGAAAGAAAUGAAAUUGAAAAACAGGUUUCAGAUACAGAACUCGAUAGUACACCAACACCAGUUCAAAAGGAGUUGGCAAAUGAGCAGAUAGAAUACUCAAAGCCAAUACCAGUUGGAAACAUUGAAGUAACAGAAGUAAAAGCAGAAAGCCAAAUAGAAGUAGAGAAUACACAGGCUGCAGAAGAUCUCAGUUGUUUGUCAAAAGCAUCUUCUGUCACAGAAAAGUCAAAAGCGGAAAUACGUGAGGAUCCUCAGCAGACUAUCACAGUCAUUGGAGAAGUAAAAGAUGACAUCGUAGAUGAAGCAUCAGAAGAAAAAAUAGCUCCAGUUCUAGAAGAUUCCAAGGCUUCAGAACGUCAAGUUAACUUACCAGAAAUAGAAUCUACUGAUACUCCCUCGAAUGGCCGAGAUACCAUGAAACUAGAAGAAGACGUGUCCUGCAAGACACGAGAAACUAUUGAAGAACAGAUUGCACUCACUUCUCAGUUAGCAGACAGAGAGAUAUUGGAAGAAAAGGAUGACAAACCGAUAUCUGAAAGGUCAAGUUCAAGGACCGAUGAACUUCUUGGAACAAAAGAUUCGGUUGAAGAUACAAAAGAUGCGAAGUUUACAGCUGAGAACCUCAGUGUAACGGAUGAAACAAUCACUGAAAUUAAAAAAUCAAAUGAAGACAGUGAAAUUGUUGCUUCUGAAUUCAAAAAGUCGGAGGAUACGGUGACAGAAAAGGAGAAAGAAACACUAGACGAGCCGCAUACAGAUGACUCAGAAAAACCCACUUAUGAUUCAAUAUUAAGUUCUGAAAUUGCAACUGAAGCGGCUAAAAUAGUCCCUGAGUGUAUAAAUGCUCCUGCAAUUUUGACAGACAACCUUCCAGAAGCUUCCCCCGAGAUGCUACUAGCAAAACCUGAAGACAAGAUUACUGAAGAUCCGGAGGUUCUACCAUCAGUAGAGAAAGAUGUCACAGAUGUUCAAAAGCAUGAGAAGGAUCUUGAUCAUGAAACCGAAGUUAAAACUGCUGAUGUUGUGAGCAAUGUAGAAUGCUCAGAAAUUGAACCACGGCAUUUCGACACAAACCAAGUGAAUCAAAAAGAUAAGAAAAAAGAAGCAGAUGAAAGCAUAAAGGAUGUGAUUCCAGUUGAAGAUGUGAAAACUUCAACAAGGGAACUUGAAGUUGGAAGUGUGGACCUUGAGGUUCCAUCCGUCAUCGAUGCAACAGCUGACGACACUAACUAUAAGACGCUUGAAGUGCAUGAGGCAGGACUUCUAAAAGACGAUAAGCAUCUCGAGUCAGCAUGUGACCAAAGCAAAUCCAUAGAAGAGGGUUCUGGAAUAAAGCAGGAACCAUUGAAACUCGAUGCAUCAGAGACUCUUGAUACUGCAGCUGCAGAGGACUUGACGAUUUCUCAGAAAUAUGUCCCAGAUGACCUUAUAAACAUAAGUCAAACUCAUCCAGAAGUACAAAACCGUGAAGUUCCAGCUUGCACUGUAGAUAAGCAAUCACCAAAAGAGAGCACCGAGGUCAAGAUCUUGACUGAGAAAAUGGAUACAUCAGAUGAGCAAGCGGAGCCAGUCGCAAAGUCAUUGGUUCCCGAAGCAGGAAAUUUAAAAGUCAAUACAACAGUUUCCGUAGAUCAAAAAGAGAAGUCUGAGUCAGUAGAGAAAGAAGAAAGUGGAGUAAAAACGGAUGAAGAAGACGAAGAAGAGGAGGAUCAUGAAGAAGAUGAAAAAACGGGUUCAUGCUCUGAUGCACCGGUUAUGGUAGAAGCAUCACAAGACAUGGAAGUCAAGGCUCAUAAGAAAUCUCAUAAUAUAUUAUCAGGUGUUGGUUCAAAGGUUAAACAUUCAAUCGCCAAGGUGAAGAAAGCGAUAACUGGCAAGUCUUCUCCUACAAAAUCAACAUCACCAAAAGCGAAAAAUCAAGUGACCGGUUAGCAAGUUAGAUCAUGGUGUAAGUCUCCGAAGGAAUAAAAAUGUGAACAAUGGUUCAACAGGAAUCAGACACUUGAGGAGAAAUGCGAGCAAAAGCUCGAUGCGGUAUUAUUUUGCAUAUAUGCAUUGUGUGCUUGAGUGAAAUGUAAAACAUCUAUUUAUUAUUAUGUUAAAUAAGUUUUCUUUAUGAGUUUAUGUACUGAACCAGUUUGAACAA